CCGCGGCGCGCUGCCCGUGGGGAGCAGAGGCGGCGGCGGCGGCGGGAGGAGCGGCAGGGGCAGCGGCGGCCGCCGCCGCCGGUAAGGAUGCGGCUGCGGAUUUAUAAACGGAAGGUGUUGCUGCUAGCUGUGGCGUUGGCGAUUUGCGCGUUAGCGUUGUGGGGAAGCGGUGGAGGAAACGGCGGGAGGAGGAGGCAGCAACAGCGGGGCGGUACCGGUAUCACCGGGGAGCCAGCGAGGGUUAGCGAACCGCCACCGCCUCGUCGCUCCGUGGUUAACGUUUCGGUUGUGUCACCUGCUCCGUUGUUUCUGACGGAGAACGGGACGUUGAGCUACCGUUCGCUCGUUUACCGGUUGAACUUUGACCAGCCGGUGAGGAACGCCGGGCGCUUCCCGGUACGUUCUGGCGGCGCCGCGGACGUGGUACUGGUAGUGCAAGUGCACGAUCGAGCCGAACACUUGAGACUGCUGCUGGAAUCGUUGCGGCGAGCGGCGGGAGUGGAGAACGUGUUGUUGGUUUUGAGCCACGACCUGUGGUCGGAGGAGCUUAACCGGCUGGCGGCACGCGUGGACUUCUGCCCGGUCCUGCAGGUUUUUUUCCCCUUCAGCAUCCAGCUCUACCCCCGUGAGUUCCCCGGUCACGACCCCCGGGACUGUCCCCGCGACGUGGGCAAGGCGGCGGCCCUGCGCCUGGGCUGCAUCAACGCCGAGUACCCCGAUUCGUUCGGGCACUACCGCGAAGCUCGCUUCUCCCAGACCAAGCACCACUGGUGGUGGAAGCUGCAUUUCGUCUGGGAGAGGGUGCGGGCGCUGCGGGACCACGCCGGGCCCGUCCUCUUCCUGGAAGAGGACCACUACCUGGCGCCUGACUUCUACCACGUCCUCAAAAAGCUGUGGGCCCUGCGUGAGCAGGAGUGCCCCGAGUGCCAGAUCAUCUCCCUGGGCACCUACAGCCCCGUCCGAGGUGGCUUUGCCGGCCGCUCCGACAAGGUGGAGAUGAAGACGUGGAAGUCCACCGAGCACAACAUGGGCAUGGCCUUCGGCAGAGACACCUACCAGAAGCUCAUCGAGUGCACAGAUGCCUUCUGCACUUACGAUGACUACAACUGGGAUUGGACUCUGCAGCAUUUGACUGUCUCUUGUCUUCCAAAGUUCUGGAAAGUGCUGGUUCCUGAAAUCCCCAGGAUUUUUCACACGGGGGACUGUGGCAUGCACCACAAGAAAUCCUGCAGACCCUCCACCCAGAGUGCCAAAAUUGACUCUCUCUUGAACAGCAACCAACAGUACCUGUUUCCUGAGACCAUGAGCAUCAGUAAAAGGUACUCCAUGGCCCCCCUUUCUCCACACGUGAAAAAUGGAGGCUGGGGAGACAUUAGGGACCACGAACUCUGUAAAAGCUACCGCAGACUUCAGUGAGGAACCUUCUCACAGCCUUUUUGAGUUGUUCCAUGCUGUCUUUUCCAGACGCACACGUGUGUAAACAACCAACCCCCCCAAGCAUUUAUCGAGUUGGUUUCUGCUUUAAUCCGAAUAAACAUUCUUGUUAAAGGUGUCCCAACAGAGUAAAACAAAUCUUUCACGUUUCAGCAACCACCCUCUGGAAACUGGUGACAUGGUGCUGCUGGGCAGCGGUCGCAGCCCCUACGCUAACAGUUGUAGCUGCUCUGUUUACUGGGAGGAGGAGGAAACUGGUGUUUAAAUGGAUCUUUACUGGUGCUUGCAGAACUCUGGCUGAGGGGGGUGUUUCCUGUGUGGCAAAGGUGGCACCUUCUGCCAUCCCACUCGGGGUCACCUCGUGCCUGGUAUCUGCCUCCUGGCUUUGGUUGUGACGUCUGGAUGAACAUAUGAAGGAUUAAAAAAAAACAAAACAAGGCCCGUUUCAUUGUUCUCACUGCAAUGUAGAUAAAUCUGACUUCGUUUGUUUGUUUGGGGUUGGUUUUUUUAGUUCUGCUGAAAUAAAACUUGUCGUUUUGUAA